GCGACGUUUGCUUGCCACCUCAACUUACCAUCCACUUAUAUCGCACAAAUGGUGAAGGGUCUUGAAAUUUCCACGAACGAACAGACGUUCCUCCUUGAAGCGUUACAGAAGGGUAUCCGGAUGGACGGCAGAAAGGUGGACGAAUUCCGCAACGUCGAGAUCAGUAUUGGCGACGAGUACGGGUACAUCGAGAUUCGUAUGGGCAAGACGAAGAUCUUGGCGCGGGUUUCGGCCGAAAUCACACAACCAUUUGAGGAUAGACCGUUUGAAGGGGUGUUUCAAAUCUCAACCGAGGUGUCACCAAUGGCGUCUCCGAUGUUUGAGCACAACCGACAGUCGUCUAACGAAGUUUUGAUCUCGCGGUUGAUUGAAAAGGCGAUCAGACGCUCCGGCGCCUUGGAUUUGGAGUCCUUGUGCAUCGUGGCUGGCAGCAAGUGCUGGUUAAUCCGCGCUGACUUGCACUUCUUGGACUAUGACGGUGGGUUUAUCGACGCCAGUUGCAUUGCCGUAAUGGUUGGGUUGUCACAUUUUCGCAAGCCAGACAUUUCCAUCAAUGGUGAUGACAUUGUGGUGCAUUCCAUCGAGGAGAGAGAACCGGUGCCGUUGUCCAUCUUGCACAUGCCCAUCUGUGUGACCUUUUCCUUUUUCAACCCGCACGAUAGCGAGGCAAACAUUAAGGGUGACGCCAAUGAGGAAUUGAGCAUCAUCGACGCGACGUUGAGCGAAGAGUUGUUGAGACAGGGUGAGUUGACAUUGACAUUGAACAAGAACAGAGAGGUGUGCCAGAUCUCCAAGGCCGGGGGCUUGCCAAUGGAUGCAUUGUUGAUCAUGGACUUAGCCAAGAAGGCCUACACCAUCACCGAGCGCUUGACCGACCAGAUCAAGGCUGUUUUGAAGGAGGAUGAGCUCAAGCGCAGUGAGAAGAACAAGUUGUUGAGCGCCUCCAACGCUCGUUAGGCGUAUACCCGUGUAUAUUAUUAUGUAUUAAAAGCAAGAGGAAGAUUUCGAGGA